AUGAUACCAGGAUUAGUAUCCCGUUCAUAUGAAAUUCCAAAUGAAAUGCCAACUACUAUGAUUCGAUCAUCAUGUAGCAAUUUUCCUAUAUGGAUUCGACAGCGAUCAAAAAUUGUGGAAACAUUAGUACCACAAAUAGAUAAAUGUUCCAAUUUAAUGGAAAUAUCAUUUGGAUAUUUGACAUCAAUAGCAGCUUAUUGUUGGAGUAAAAAUAUUCAAAAUGAUUCAUUAUUAGAAUGGAAGACAGAUAUUCGUGAGAAAUAUCUUGCGAUUAAAUACAAAUCUAAAUUUACAGUUGAAUUAAGACUUAAUCAAAAUUGUUUGGAUAAAUAUUUUCUAAUGUCAACCGAAAACAUUAGAACUUACACGAUGAUUUUACCUCUCAAAGCAGUUCCACGUUGUUAUUGUAUUAUUCAAGCUAAAAAUCGUUCAUAUACUCAAAGAACGCUUGAUUUUGGAAUAGUAGAUGGAUCAUGUUUAGUAAUCAGUUCAGCUAUAUGCUUAAAAUUUCAUGAAUACAAUUCAUUAAUAUCCUGCGCUGAGUUUUUGAUUAAUGUCUUAAGAUUAGAUUGUCAUCAAGGAUGUUUUAAUUGUACUCAAAUGCUAACUCCGAAAUUGCAAUUUGAUCACAUUUUAUCAGAUUUUUGGUCAAGUUAUGCAUUUCAAAUGUUAUUAACAUUAGGUGAUCGAAUUAAACAUCAAAUAACAAUAGUUACUCUUCGUAAAAUUAUUCAAUUAUCAAAUUCAUCCAAAGGUCAACAAUAUCCAAAUCAUAAAUGUUAUUUGAAAUUAAUGGCUAUUUAUUUUCGAGCUCGAUUUAAUCGUUUCUUUGAUAUAAAUCAAGAAUUUGAUAAUAUUCAAGCAAUACCAUCAAAUAUUAUUUUAGAUAAAUGGGAAUAUGUACCUCGAAUUUAUUUAACACCUUAUGGUACAUAUCCUUUACCAGUCAAACCUAUGCGAGGAAAUCGAAUUUUACGUGAACAAAAUCUUUUUGGAUCUGGUAAACAUUUUUGUCGUGUUAUCAUUCGAGAUAUUGAUCUUGGACAACCUCAAAUUGAUUUUAUACAAAUCAAUGAAAAAUGGAUUAACGAUUUAAUAUUAGGAAAGACGAAUAUUAUAGUUGGUGAUCAAACAUUUGAAUUUUUACUCUGUUCGAAUAGUCAAUUACGUGAUCGAAGCUUUUGGUUUUAUGCUCCUUAUAAUGGACGUCGAGCAAAACAUAUACGACAAUGGAUGGGUGAUUUUUCAUCCGAAAAGUGUAUUGGAAGACGUAUUGCACGGAUGGCAUUAUCAUUAACUGGCACAACGGCUACUAUAAAAGCGAUGAUGUGUUAUAAUCCUGAGGUGAUUGAAAAUAAUUAUAUGCCAUGUGUAAUACAAGCACGAUUGAAUGGUAUCAAAGGAGUAUUUGUAGUAGCUCCUGACUUAAGUAAUAAAGGUAUAUUAAUUCAAUAUCGCCCGAGUCAAUAUAAAUUUAAGGUGGAUCAUCAUGUAUUGGAAAUUGUUAAAUAUUCGAGUUCUGGAAUGGCAUUUUUAAAUCGACAGGUGAUUGUAUUGCUUGAAAAUAUGAAAGUAGAAAAACAUAUUUUUGUGAAAUUACAAAAUAAAGCACGGUUAAAAAUAUCCAUGUCAUUAUUAGCUAAUAAAUCAGCUCAACAUACACUUGAACAACAUGUUCGAUCUUAUGAUUGGGAACGCAUGUAUCAUUCCGGUGUACAAUUAACUCAAGAACCAUUUGUGCGUUCCUUAUUACUUUUAUUGGCUAAAGAAAGAUUAAAACGACUAAAAGAAAAAUCACACAUUCAAAUUUCACUUUCUGAUGGACGAAUGUUACUAGGUGUUGUUGAUGAAACAAAUUCUCUUCAAUACGGUCAAAUAUUUAUUCAACUUCAUGAUCUAAAUGGUCAAAGUCAAAUAAUUAAAAAUCGAAAAGUCUUAAUUACAAAAAAUCCUGCACAUUUCCCAGGUGAUAUACGGAAAUUAGACGCUGUUGAUUGUCCAACUCUUCAUCAUCUAUAUGAAUGUGUAGUUUUUCCAGCUCAAGGACAACGUCCUCAUCCAAAUGAAAUCAGUGGUAGUGAUCUAGACGGCGAUGAAUAUUGGGUAUGUUGGAAUGAAGAUCUCGUCAACAAUGCUAUAUUACAAUAUUCACCAGCUACAUUCGAUUCAGUCGGGAAAAUGAAACAUAAUGGUGAAAUAACUAUGAUGGAAAUCGCUGAUUUUCUUUUCAAAUAUUUGAGUUCAGAUUCAUUAGGAGCUUUGUCUAAUCGACAUUUAGCUUGUUGUACAUUAUAUGGACCUAGUCAUGAAAAUUCAUGUCGUUUAGCUCAAAUUAUUUCUGAAGCAGUCGAUUUUCCAAAAACUGGUAUACUUCCAAAACAACCACGAGACAUAAAUAUUGAUAAAUAUCCUGAUUUUAUGGAAAAUAAAUAUAAACAUUCAUUUGAAUCCCAUUCAAGUAUUGGAAUUAUGUAUAGACAAGUCAAAGAAGUAUGGGAAAUUCAUUCAACAUAUCAAGAUAAAUUAUAUGAUCAAAAGAUAAAUAUUAAUGAAGACUUUUUAAUUCAAGGUUAUGAGACAUAUAUUCAUGAGGCUGAAAAUGAAUAUCAAUAUUAUACUUCAAGAAUUAAUACAAUUUUAUUGACUUAUAAUCUAGAAAAUGAAUAUGAACUAAUAACAGGAUGUCAUUCAUGUAUUGAAGAAGAAAAGAAAAAUAAUGAUUCAGUUGAAACGGCAUUAUUAGAAUUUCGAUAUCUUGUUCAAGAAAUGAGAACUAGAUUUGCAAAUGAUAAAUUAGAUGAUGCAGCACAACUCCGUAAAGCUAGUGCAUGGUAUUAUAUUGCAUAUAAAUCAGGAACUAUACUAAGUUUUGGCUGGAUUAUGAAUCGUUUGAUGAGUGAUAUUAUCAAACAAAAACAGAUACCUCAAGAAGAACAUCAAGCGUUGAAACGUAUUGCACUCGUUAAAUCUUCUACGGAUUGGCAUUCAUCUGUAAAGCGUAAAAUAAAUCUUGCCAACUAA